AUGGUGGCGGCCAGUGUUGGUGGCGGAGGAGGUGGCGACAGAAGUGACAGGCACCGAAGCGACGACCCUUGUCUGCAGCCGAAGCGCAGAGCCGGCCCUAAGAGCUGUUCCGAGACGGCCCGAGGCCCCGCCCCGCCCGCUCCGGCACGCCCCGUCCCCGCCGCCACUCCCCGCGUGACCGGCCGCGAUCCCAGACGCCGGGACCGCCCGCCGGACGGACGAAUCCCCUGCUGCGAGCCAGGGGAGGUCCCUGAGCGGCUCCUCGCCAAGGAGACCAAGGAAUCUUCAAAACUCCAUCCCAAAACUAUUUGGUUCCUGGUGCCAUCAAUGCUGCCCAAACCUGGUAUCUAUUACUUCCCCUGGGAAGUCAGUGAUGGCCAAGUUCCUGAUGGAAGCACACUGCGAACGUUUGGCAGGUUGUGCCUCUACGACAUGGCACGCUCCCUUGUGACCCUGACUGCGCAGCACAGAUCCGAACAGUGUCAGCUGCACGUCUGCACCAAGCUGGUGGAGCCCUUUGAACCACACGUGGACUUUCUGUACAUGGUUCUUGGGGAGCUGGAGCAUGAUGAGGAUGGAGGUUCUGUGGUGAAGGCCCGACUGCUCACCUGUGUGGAGGGGAUGGAUCUGUCCAUGUUAGAAAAAGCCAUCUUGGAGCAGAGGCUGUACCUGCAAAAGAAGCAGCAGCCAAUAGGAGACACCAACACCUUGCCACCCCCUCCACCUGCUCCUCAUUCCCAGUGACAGCCUUCAUCUGGAACCAGAGAGCAGAAAGCAGCGGCAGGGGUGGGGGUACCCCUUUCCUGGACUCUAGACUGACCUGUGAAUGAACCCCCACCCCAAGCCGGCCAUGGUGGCCCAUGCCUGUAACCCCAGCGCUAGGGAGGCAGAGUCAAGAGGAUCGGAGUUUAAGGCCAAUCUGAGCUACAUGAGACCCUAUCUCUAAAAUAAAUAAAAAAUAUAUAAAUAAAUAUC